CCUCCCUGCCAUGGCAACCUUCAACUGUUUCCCCCCCAUAGGCAUAAGCAUUCUCCCUCCUGGCGUCUGCGGGGAGCAGCCAGUAGCAAGGUGGCAGAACGGCUUGAGGAGCCCGGACGGCGCUGCCUUGAGGGCCCAGAAGGAUGGCUUUUAGGAGGAGCAAGUGGAAGAAGAAAGGCCCUAAGCUUGAACUCAGCCCCGCUCAAAAGGAGCAGAUGCGCGAUGCCUUCGACCUGCUGGAUUCCGACGGCACCGGGACCAUCGACGUGAAAGACCUGAAGGUAUCCAUUCGGGCCCUGGGCUUUGAACCCACCAGAGAAGAGAUCAAGAAGAUCGUGAGCGAAGUGGAUAAAGAAGGCUCGGGGAAGAUCGGCUUCGACGCUUUUUAUUCCGUGAUGACCAAGAAGAUGUCCGAAACGGAUUCCAAAGAGGAGAUCGUGAAAUCCUUCAAGCUGUUCGAGGACCCGGAAAGGGGCAAGAUCGGCUUUAAAGACCUCAAGCGCGUCGCCUCCGAGAUUGGGGAGAAGCUGACGGACGAGGAACUGCAGGAAAUGAUCACCGAAGCUGACCUGAAUGGAGACGGGGAAGUGAGCGAGCAGGAGUUUCUGACGAUCAUGAGGAAACACGGCUACUAGCCUAGUGGCCUCCUCCUCGUCGUCCUCUCUGCCCUUCUCGGCUUCCUCCGCCUCUUGAGAGCACCUGCAAAUAGUGUUGGGGAGCUCAUCACUUUCCUCCAGCCACCUUCCUCCUCCUCUCUCAGGCAGAAACUCUCACAGGUUAAAGUCAGGGCCCAGGGUGUGGGGAGGGGAGGCUGUAAUUCACUGCUGGAACAUUAAAUGUGGCUUGGAAGAAGAAGAAAGAAUUCUCCCUCCUCCCGCUUAACCUUGCUCUUUCUGUUUUCAGUGAAUAAACAUACUACCAAUUUUAGACUCCUUUGGGAAUACAUUAGUAAUGAUUUAUACUCUUUUCACAAUAGGUAGAAAACAUCAGGGUUUUUGUGCUGGUCAAGAACCGUAACAAUAAAUCAAAUCAAAUCAUCAGGGUUUUUUUGUAUAAAUUGCUAAAAUCUUAAAAUCACUUUCAAAAUGAUCAAAACACAGUUACUACCACACACACUUAAAAUAAGCAAGGCAAUAUUUCAAGGAAUAAUUACUGAAUGUUCAUAUUCAUAUUAUAUGUUCUGUGUCUCUAUUAUUUUUCACAUUUGCACACCUGCUCAUCCAAUCUAAAAACAACCCUUAGUAUUUCUACUAUAGGAAAUUAUAUUUAGUACAUUUUAUGUUCAAGAAUUACAUGCUACUAUCGGUCAGUGCGCAAACAGUGAGCUUGAUGGCACUAAUGCUCUGAUAAGGCAACUUCCGAUGUUCCCAAGUAUCAGCAAGGUCUGCUCUGUCAGGGCCUUUACAGCAGUUUUGUUUUAAAUAAAUCAGACCACGCUGUUUAGAACUGCUCCUCCCAGGAUGGCUAGCUAUCAUAUACUGUACAAAAGAUUUCUUUAAAAAAUAAAAUGAUGAAUAAAACAAUAUGAACAGCAGAGCACUAAAAACAUAAAUGUCAGAGAAAUAAAGUAAAAAAUAUUUAAACAGUAUCUGAAAAGGCCUUGGAAAAAUGAGGUAAUGGCCUUUGUGUUAACAUUGGAAUGGCAUAAGAGCCACAAAACAUAAAAGCAAGUGUCACAAGGCCAUCUCCCCAGUUGCCAGCUGCCUGAUCUCUGAGAGAGCCAAGGACAAUCAGAGAAGGGUUUCUUUCUAAAGAUGAUUGGGAAUUUUCCAGCAGGUUCAUGUGGAAGAGGGCAUUCAAAGGCUGUGGGAUGGUACCUCUCUCCACUCAUGCCAUGUAACUUCCAGACUGGAUUGCUGCAAUGUGUCCUACGUGG